AUGCCUACAAAUGUAUUUCCCAAUGAUACCAUGACUAACCCCAGUAGGGAAUGCAAAGCCAUCACAUUGAGGAGUGAAAAAGUAGUGAAGGAUGCAUCCUCAAGCCACAACUUGCAGGAAGAAGAGGAUGACAAGAACUCAGAAAUCAAAGAGGAAGAAGAGAUACAUAUUCCUACCCCACCAAAGGAAGUCUUGAAUCCCUAUGUGCCAAAAGCACCCUACCCACAGAGGCUAAGAAAAGAUAGGAAGGACAGCCAGUUUUCUAGGUUCUUGGAGAUCUUCAAGAGGCUCCAAAUCAACAUCCCUUUUGCAGAAGCAUUAGAGCAAAUGCCACUCUAUGCCAAGUUUUUAAAGGAGCUUAUGACCAAGAAAAGAAACUGGGGAGAAAAUGAAACUGUAGUGCUCACAGAGGAUUAUAGUGCUAUCAUACAGAAAAAGCUUCCCCAAAUGAUGAAGGAUCCUAGAAGCUUUCACAUCCCAUGCAUCAUAGGAGACAUUAGCAUUAAGAAAAUAUUAUGUGAUCUGGGUGCUAGCAUCAACCUUAUGUCUUUGGUCAUGAUGAAGAGAAUGAUAAUUGAAGAGGUUAAGCUAACAAGAAUGGCACUUCAACUAGCAGACAGAACAUUCAAGUUCCCCCAUGGAGUAGUAGAGGACCUAUUAGUUAAGGGAGAAUUGGUCCUCAAGCUGCACAAAGAAAAGAUGGUAUUCAAUGUUUUUACUGCUAUGAGUUACCCAAAGGAGUCUAUUGGAGAGUGUAUGAUGGUAGACACUUUGGAGAUACUAGUCCAAGGAGUUCUAAAAGAAGAUAAGCUUGAAGAUGUAAUGGAAAUAGAGCAACAAGCAUCAUGGGGUGAAUUACCACAAGAAAGCAUGGACAACUUAAUCAUGCUAGACAAGGCAAGCAAGGAGAAAGUAGAAGUAGCAAAGCUGGAAUUAAAGACUAUGCCUCCAAGCUUGAAGUAUGCCUACUUGGGGAGCAAUGACACUUAUCCAGUGAUCAUCAACUCAACCUUGAGCAAGAAACAAGAGGAGGAGCUCAUUAAGGUGCUGAAACAACACAAGGAUGCCAUUGGUGGACACUUUCAGACUUGA